AUGUCGACUGACAAGAUCACUUUCCUCACCAACUGGCACGCUACGCCUUACCACGCGCCGCUGUACCUGGCUCAGGCCAAGGGAUACUUUAAGGAGGAGGGAAUCAAAGUUGCUCUUCUUGAGCCCAACGACCCUAGUGAUGUCACUGAGAUCAUUGGUACUGGCAAGGUUGACCUUGGCUUCAAAGCCAUGAUUCACACUCUGGCUGCCAAGGCUCGAAACUUCCCCGUCCAGUCCAUUGGUAGUCUUCUCGACGAGCCAUUCACUGGCGUCGUCUACCUCAAGGACUCUGGCAUCACCACCGACUUCCGCACCCUCAAGGGCAAGCGCAUCGGCUAUGUCGGUGAAUUUGGCAAGAUCCAGAUCGAUGAGCUCACCUCGCACUACGGCAUGACUCCUGACGACUACACUGCCGUGCGUUGUGGUAUGAACGUCUCCAAGGCCAUCAUCAAGGGCGAAAUCGACGCCGGUAUCGGCCUGGAGAACGUUCAGAUGGUUGAGCUCGAGGAGUGGCUCUCCGCCCAGGGCCGUCCCAAAGAUGAUGUCCAGAUGCUCCGUAUCGACGAACUCGCCGAGCUUGGCUGCUGCUGCUUCUGCACCAUCCUCUACAUCGGUAAUGAGAAGUUCCUCGCCGAGAACCCCGAGAAAGUCCGCUCGUUCCUCCGCGCGGUGAAGAAGGCCACUGAUUUUGUUCUCGCUGAGCCCGAGAAGGCGUGGGCUGAGUACGUCGACUUCAAGCCCGUCAUGGGUACCGCGCUCAACCGCAAGAUCUUUGAGCGCAGCUUUGCCUACUUCAGCAAGGACCUCAAGAACGUCAAGCGUGACUGGGAGAAGGUCACCAAGUACGGCAAGCGCCUGGGUGUUCUGGACGAGAGCUUUGAGCCCAACUACACCAACUCGUACCUCGAGUGGACUCUUUCUGGAGAGUCUAGCGACCCUACUGGAGACCAGAAGCGUAUUGCUCAGCUCCAGAAGGAUGUCGCUGCUUCUGGUGGCUUUCACCGUCUUCAGGCUGAGGUCAAGGCUUGA